CUUUGCUGUUAUUCUUAAUUAGUUUCCUAAGUUAUAAAUAGUUCUUUUGAUAACACUGUGUUAUUUUAUCACCUCAUUUUUUGGCUUUUUGAUAUGAGUCCAUUUUAAAUGUUUUAUCUCUUCAAGUACCUGUGAAGAAUAUCUUUCCGUUGUUCAGUUUAUGUUUCUUCUUGAGCUGGUUGUCUUUUUCCUCUAUCUUUUGUGUAUUAUGUCCUUUUCUUCUGAUCCCAGUCUCAUAGUAUAUUUGCAUUCUGUUUUUUUAUCAUAUUUAUGCAUGUAUAGUUCUGUCUCCAUCUUUUAUUUGUUUUUUGAAUGAAAUGUGACUGGUGAGGUGUCUGGCUGGAGUGGACCUUGGACUCUGCAAUCUUUCCAGUGGAGAUGAGGGAAGAUGACUGAAGACAAGAGAUAUUUUGAUGGCUGGUCUUCUGCAUACGAAUGGUUCUUCCUCCUUUCUGUGUGAACUAGGAAGAACUAUCCUAAGUCUUCUGAAUUAAAACUGAGACUCAAUCUAUAUUGAACUUCCUCAGAAAGGAAUCAUGAACAUUGAAGCAUAUUUUGAAAGAAUUGGUUAUAAGCACUGUAGGAACAAAUUGGACUUAGAAACAUUAACUGACAUUCUUCAGCACCAGAUCCGAGCCAUUCCCUUUGAGAACCUUAACAUCCAUUGUGGGGAAGCCAUGGAAUUGGGCUUAGAGGCCACUUUUGAUCAAAUUGUGAGGAGGAACCGAGGUGGGUGGUGUCUCCAAGUCAAUCAUCUUCUGUACUGGGCUCUGACCACAAUUGGUUUUGAGACCACGAUAUUGGGAGGGUAUGUAUACAACACUUCAGCAAACAAAUACAGCAAUGCCAUGAUUCACCUCCUGCUGAAGGUGACCAUUGAUGGCAGGAACUACAUAGCUGAUGCUGGAUUUGGACGCUCUUACCAGAUGUGGCAGCCUCUAGAGUUAAUUUCUGGGAAGGAUCAGCCCCAAGUGCCUUGCAUCUUCUGCUUGACAGAAGAGAGAGGAAUCUGGUACCUGGAUCAAAUCAGAAGAGAGCAGUAUAUCCCAAACCAAGAAUUUCUUAAUUCUGAGCUCCUGGAAAAGAAUAAAUAUCGCAAAAUCUACUCUUUUACUCUUGAACCUCGAACAAUUGAAGACUUUGAGUCUGUGAAUAUAUACCUUCAGGAAUCUCCAGCAUCUGUCUUUACAAGCAAGUCAUUUUGUUCCUUGCAGACUCCAGAAGGUGUUCACUGUUUAGUGGGCUUCACCCUCACCUACAGGAGAUUCAAUUAUAAGGACAAUACAGAUUUGGUAGAGUUUAACACACUGAAUGAAGAAGAAGUAAAAGAAAAUCUUAAAAAUAUAUUUAAUAUUUCCUUGGAGAAAAAGCUUGUCCCCAAACAUGGUGAUAAAUUUUUUACCAUAUAGAGUAAGCAGUAAAAAUGGUCUCAGUAUUACUUAUGGUGCUGUAACUUUUUAUUAUAAAAAAUUUUUAACUUCUAUAAAAGUAGAG